CAAUCACUCUUUUUCAGAAAAAAUUAGAAAAGACAGGAGGAGUUGAAUAGUUCGGAUGUUUCGGAAGGUGAUGGCCAUGUUCGUUCUUGUUUUUCUGCUUCUACUACGAGUGGUCGCCGACUCAGUAACAGCCCCGGCCGUAUUCGUCUUUGGAGAUUCGCUAUCGGAUUCAGGCAACAACAACUACAUCCCCACACUCGCCAAAUCCAACUACUCUCCCUACGGCAUCGAUUUCCCUCUGGGCCCCACUGGCCGUUUCUCCAAUGGAAAGCUCGCUGUCGACAUCAUCGCUGAACUGCUGGGUUUGCCUUUCGCACCACCCUUCUCGGACCCAUCGAUCAGCGGCGUACGGAUUCUCCAAGGCAUCAACUAUGCAUCCGGAGCUUCAGGAAUUCUCGAUGAAACUGGCCAACAAUUUGCAGCUCGAAUUCCACUAAAGAAGCAGAUUGAGAAUUUCAGGCAGAGCUUAUCGGGGAUAUAUUCGCUAUUUUCUCAGAAUACGACGUUAAUUUCAGCAUAUAUGUCCAAAGCUCUCUUUCUUAUCUCCACCGGAAGCAACGACUAUUUGACUAAUUACCUUCGACCAGAUUUAUAUGCCACCAGUUCUCAUUAUACCCCUCUCGCGUUCAGCGACCUCCUUGUUCGUCAGAUGGGACAACAACUCAUGGCGCUGUAUAACAUGGGGGCCAGGAAAUUUGUGGUGUAUUCGGUGGGGCCCAUCGGUUGCACGCCGGUCCAGCUGUCAGGUCAAAGUUGCACGGAGAAGGUAAAUCAGAUGGUGGUCCUCUUCAACUCAGCUCUUCGAUCUUUCCUAAUCGAUGCCAACAUGCAUAUGCCUGGGACCAACUUCGUCUACGUGGACGCCUAUGGGAUCGUCACCGACGUACUCAUCAACCCAAAUAUUUACGGUUUCAUAGUCACAGGGCAAGGUUGCUGUGGGGUUGACAAAAGCCAGGGGCAGGUGAACUGCAUCGUCGGAACCAUACCUUGCAGUGAUAGAAAUUCUUACACCUUUUGGGACGGCCUCCAUCCGACAGAAGCUCUUAACAGGAUCGUGGCCCAGAGAUCAUUCACCGGCCCACCUUCCGACAUCUAUCCUAUCAACAUCCAGCAGCUUGCAUCAAUAUAGUGUGCCCUAUUUUGGAUACGAAGCCCAUAGAGCUUGUAAUCUGUAAAAUGUAAUGUUCGUCUGCAUCUCAUAAGGGAGAAGAGAAAAAAUAGGUGAGUGGAACAUCUGCAGACCAGUGGCAUUUAUGUAAUUGGUGAAUGAAGAACCCACAUCGAAAGCCUGUUUUGGGUGAAUCUUAUCACCGUUCUUCGAGAGUGGGUUCACUUGCUUUUACUUUUCAGCCGGUGUUGGUCAGAGGGUGAUGAGAGUCAGCCACAGCAAAAUCCUGCUCCUGGUUUUCGUAGUAGAAAAUGUCUCAUCGUAGUUCGCGUUUUGUUUUGGUUGGUUUGUUUGUUUGUUUCAGAUUUCUUAUUUUAGUGAAGGAUACAUUUAAAUGGGGGAUUUUCAGAGAUUUGGUAAUGCUCACAUAUAAUUUAAAUGA